AUAUCUGCAAGUGUCUGUGUUUCUUGUUUGACUCUUCGUUUAUCUUCUUAUAUGCAUAAAUUACACGUGUAUAUAUGUAUAUUCCAUUGGCUGAUUUCUCGAGUGAUUUUAUAAUUCUUUUCAUCUCUAUAAAAGGGUUCAAAACUACUAAACCAGCAGCUCUCUUUCUGUCUAACAUGGAGAGUGAUAAUCUCGGCAAUUGUCCAGCAGGGUCCAGAUGGAAUCCUACGAAGGAUCAAAUGAAUAUGCUAGAGAGCUUGUAUAUGCAGGGUCUAAGGACUCCAAGUGCAGAACAAAUUCAGCAGAUUACAAAUAGGCUGAGGGCUUUUGGCCACAUUGAGGGCAAGAAUGUUUUCUACUGGUUUCAGAAUCACAAGGCAAGGCAAAGACAGAAGCAGAAGCAGGAUAAUAAAGCUUGUUUUAAUAGCUUUCCCAAUAAAAAUCCAGUUUUUCCUCCAUGCUAUAGUGUUGUUUGCAGCCCCUGCUACAUACAACCACCACCUCGGGCUGAUAUAGGGUUGUACUCGAAGUUGCCCCUACUUGGUGGUUUUAAAAGGCGACCAAUCCCAGAAAACGACGACAAAAACAAGCACCCUGCAUGUCCGAAGGACGACGGAAUCAUGCACGAUUUCAUAUCUUGUGCAGAGGAAAGGACUCAAGAAACACUGGAUUUAUUUCCCAUUCACCCAACAGGUAUUUUACAAGCAAAAACAGGGAUUUCUACAAAUGAAGAAAAUUCAUCCCCUAGUACUUCGAGUUCCUUUGAAAAUGACCCUAUUUUGGGUAAUCAGGGAGGAAAUUCUGGCCAGAAAUUUUUCGACUUUUUCUGUGGAAAUGGCCCUUAUGGAAGUCACUGAAUUCCAAGAUUUCAGAAGUACUGACAUGAAUCUGUGCUUUGGGGUGGAAUUGAUUCUUACUGAAGAUUGAAUAGAGUUUAACUUCUGCUGUUUUUGGGCCUAGACUGAAAAAGGGUUCCCUUAUUGCCUUUGGUAGAGAAUGCUUUUGUAGAGAAUAUGACAGCCUUUUCUCGUCCACUCUCCCUAUUGUAAUAUGGUUGAAGUUUCCAUUUCUCAUGUUUUUUCGUAUAGUUACUAAUAUAUUUGACAAGUUUGGUGCAUCGAUUAAAGCAAGAUUCAACGGGAUGGUGGGAUGGAGUAUCUAUAUUAAGAUUGUGUAA